CAAAGCUGCAACGGUGAAAGACGUCCAGUGUCCAAACCCAUAUAACUAUAUAAAUAUAUAUCCAGGUAACUUGUUUUGCCUUCAACGACAUAGCUCUCUGACACUAGUAGCAACUGGUGGAUAUAGCUAGCACCUAUACCAUUUCUGCCCUUGCUAGACAUAGACCAUUUCCGCUCCCUGAUGACUGAAUCUUUCCCUUCAAGCCUUGCGGGGCUCACAUCAAAGGAGCGUAAAUACGACCGCCAGCUGCGAUUAUGGGCCGCCAGUGGUCAGAAAGCUCUUGAAAACUCCAAAAUUCUCUUGAUUAACUCAGACGGCCCUCUGGAUAACGAAUAUCCUGCUGUUCCUGGAGCCGUGGGCGUCGAGACGCUCAAGAACCUCGUGCUGCCUGGAGUUGGGGGCUUCACCAUCGUUGAUCCAGCCAUAGUUACUGAGUCGGACCUGGGGGUAAACUUUUUCCUAGAUGAGGGGAGUCUAGGGAAAUCGAGGGCAAAGGAGACAUGCAAAUUUCUCCUGGAGCUGAACCCAGAUGUCGAGGGAGACUCCUUGGAUAAGUCGAUUGAAGAGCUUCUAAAGGAAGAAAACUUUCUAAAACAAUAUUCACUCAUAGUAAUCACAGCGCCAAUGAGACGUUCUAUGCUCAAAACCAUUUCUGCUGCCGCCAGACAACGCGUGAUUCCCCUAAUCUAUACCCACUCGGUUGGCUUCUACUCUGGCUUUUCACUCCAACUUCCAACCGUAUAUCCCAUCGUCGAAACACACCCAGAUCCAAACUCCGUCCAGGAUCUACGUUUAACCAACCCUUUCCCCGAAUUAGUAGCAGCCACGGCAAAGAUAGCUGAUUUAGAUAGCCUCGAUGAUCACGACCACGGCCAUGUACCGUAUUUACUCUUAUUACUGCACUUCCUCGAGAAAUGGAAGGCGACCCACGAUGGAAACCUACCGCUGAGUUAUAAAGACAAGUCAGCGUUCCGAGAGAUGGUUCGCGAUGGGGCGCGGACGAAUAACUCCACGGGAGGGGAAGAGAACUUCGACGAAGCAGUAGCUGCGGUUUUAAAAAGCAUAAAUCCGUGGUCGCUGAAAAGCAACGUCAGGGAAAUGUUUGACAUGGAGCAGUGUAACAACCUCAACCCAAAGUCCGACAAUUUCUGGAUCAUCGCAUCCGCCAUCAAGUCCUUCUACACUACCCAUGGCGUACUCCCACUCCCCGGCUCACUUCCAGAUAUGAAAGCCCAAUCGGCUGAUUACAUAUCUCUACAGAACAUCUACAAGUCAAAAGCACUCAAGGACCUUGAGGAAGUUGUCGGUAGCGUUCGAGCUCUUGAAGCCCAACUCAGGGGCGAAUCACCACAACCUCCGAUCCCAGAGAAGGAAAUAGAAACAUUCUGCAAGCAUGCUUCUAGUGUCAAGGUCAUCCGUGGCCGUGAUAUCCCCAUCCUCGACUCGAAUACGGACCCAACCACCCUCAAAGCCUUCCGCCAAGCCUUCCAGCUCCCGGACUCUCUCAUGCCGAUUUUCCUCACCCUGCAAAUUCUCGACACCCUCGUCAGCGAGUACAGAGAAAAAGCCUCAGAACCGCAACCAGAACCCCCGUCAUCUUCAUCACCACCUUUCCUUGACCAGGCUGAUAACUGGGCUGCGGCACAAUCCAAACUCUUCGCACUCUUGGAGACGGAUGGUUACACGCUUGAUGACGAUGUCAAGCUUCGUAUCGCGAAGGCUGUGCAAGAGACGCAGCGCGCGGGUGUGGGAGAGCUGCAUAACAUUUCCUCGCUGACGGGUGGUAUGGUGGCGCAGGAGGCGCUGAAGGUGUUGACGAGACAGUACGUGCCACUGGAUAAUACAUGUAUCUUCGAUGGGAUUGGGAGUCGGGCGGAGAUGUUUAGGCUGUAAGAAGCAAUGGAUUGGUUACUGAGAUCCUGUUUUGUAGGAGGAGGAGUGUGAAUGUGUGUGUGCGUGGUUGGGGUCGGGAUUGAAUUCUAGUUUUGAAGAUGGAUUUGCUUGACGUUGACAUAUCGUUGUACUACGACGAAGCAGCGAUAUGAUGAUAUGACGUAUAACCAUUCAAUGAAAGAUAUUUUCAAACAAGAAAAGCAUCCAGAAUCUACUCAAAUAAUAUACUCAACAUACUCCACCACGAUAUCACUAAAUACAAACUUCUUGCGGGUACUGCCAUCCCAUUAAUCUUGAAGAAGCUA